CUGCACUGAGAAGUAUCGAUAAAAUGGUGGGCGUACAGACGUUCAUUGAUAAAAAUUGAGAGCAAAUUAAUAGAUUAGUAUAAUAAUAAGAACAAAAUUAAAGUAGAAAGCAAGCACAUCAUUGUGCAGCAUGGCAGAGUUGAAGGCACCUUCAUUGCAAUCGCUGCUGGAAUCAGAUCGCGGCUCCACGGACAGUUUGCAACUUGAUUUUGAGUUCGAAGGCCUGGAUGAUGUGGAAUUUGCCAUACCGCCCACCGAUGUUUUGCCCACGCUCGAAACGGUGCUCAGCGAAUUCGAGGCGGACUCCGACGUGGCCUCUGAGCUUGGGAUGCCGGUGCCGCGGGCAACGCCGACACCCUCAAUUGGCGAGGAUUGCGGUGUGCGCGCCGAUGGGCGUGGCGGCAGCGGUUCCGGUUCCAUAAUGCGCUACACGCUUCUACAUGGCAUCUCGGCCCAACUAGCCUCGGCCGCCGAGCGCGUCAACGCUGGAGCGGCCAGUUCCUGCGCCGUGGCGGCGUACAUUGCUGUAGGCACCUCCCACGGCCACAUACUCAACUUUGAUGUUACACAAACGCUCCGAUGGGCUCAUCAGGACAAGCACAGCCAGGGGGCCGUAUCUAGCCUGGCCUUCAACGGCGAUUCCACACGCCUGCUGGUGGGCUAUGCACGCGGCUUGGUUACCAUGCUGGACACCCAGACUGGUGAUGUGCUGCGCGAGCUAUUUGAUGUGAUAACACCCAACACAGGAGUGCUGCAUGUCAAGUGGACAUCACGUUCCUCGCUGGCGCUCUGCGCGGAUGCCGGCGGCUCUGUGUGGUCGCUGAGCUUUACACGCAAGCUGGGCAUCAGGGGAUGCAGUUCGCGCUGUUUGUUUUCGGGCGCUCGUGGUGAGGUCUGCGCCGUAGAGCCGCUUAUAAUGGACGCCCAAGGGCGGCACGAACUGGAUCAGUACUCCAUUGUGGCUCUGGCAACGCUCUCUAAAUAUUUUAUAGUCACGGUGCGUCCACGUUUACGUGUCAUCAAGUACCAUGCGCUGCAAGGACCGGCCGACUGCCUACCGCUGCUGGCGUGGCAUCUGGUGCUUAUACAGGCGGCGGACACGAGUCGCUCCGUCGAUCCAGUCAUUGUCGUCGGCCGCGGCAAUCAGCUCUUCUUUCACCAGCUGUUUGUGGCCAAUGGACGCAUCACUUUGCUGUAUCUGCGCCAUGUCCAGCUGCACAGCAGCCUGCUUUCCGCCCACUGGCUGGGCCCGAAGUGUGUGGCAUCAGUGGACACGUCGGAGAUAUUACAUUUGGUGGAUGUGCGCUCCAGUCGGGAGUUGGAGUGCAUGGAUAUGGCCAAUGCAGGCCUGGUCUACGGCUCGGCGCAAUUCAAGGGCCUUGCCACAGGCGGCAAUGUCUCUCCCGCCUUUGCCUUGGCGGGUACCAAUGCCUGCUACAACUCGGUGGUCUCUCGGGGCACGCAACUCUAUGUGCUCGGCGCGCGCUCUCUGCACAUCAUUGGCGUCCGCACCUGGUCGGAACGCAUUAGCUAUUUGGUAAAGAAUCAUCGCUGGCAGGAGGCCUGUCAACUGGCCUUGGAUGGCUAUGUAGCCUCUGCAGAGCGUCCACGAAAGCGUGCCCAGGCCAAGGAGCGCAUUAUUAUGCUUUUCAAGGAGUACAUAGCCAAUUCUGCACGUGCGCCCGAAUACUGCCUCGGCGCCAUUGUCAAUUGUCUGAUAACCGUCGGCGAACUGGAUCUGCUGUGGACGCAGCUAUGGGAGCGGCUGCACAACAAUACGGAACUCUUUCUGCAGCACAUCUCAGAGCAUAUUGAGCAGGAGACCAUACAUAGCGUUAAUCCAGUCAUAUCGCAGGCUCUCGUCGACUAUUGGUUGCAGCAUUCGCCUGCCAAGCUGGAGCAGCUAAUCCUAAAGCUAGACUGGAUGUGCCUGGACUUGAAUCAGGUGCUGAAGGCGGUCAAGCGGCAUGAGCUGUAUCGGGCGCAGCUCUAUCUCAAUGCUUGCGCCCUGAAUGACUACACGAGUGCGCUGACGGAGCUGUUGCCGCCAUUAAGGCCAGAUCAAACAGAUCUGGGCAACUGUUUGCUGGUCUAUAUAUCCAGCUGUUUGGCCGGUCGUCGCUUUCCCAGCGGCGACAUACCAGAGGACCAAGUGCAACAGGUAAAGAACGACGUACUGCGCUGCCUUACCUCACAGCACUCGAGUGCUAGCCCCGUGGAUGAGCUGCCCUAUCCAUAUCUGCGUGCUCUACUAAAAUUCGAUACGCGAGAAACUUUAAAUGUCAUCUCGCUGGCAUUCCAGGAGCGCGAGUUCAGCAACGAGCUCGGCUAUUCCCAUCGCAAGCGCAUCAUCUAUAUGCUGCUUGAAAUUAUGACGCCCGAGAACGCAACGUGGGCGGAAAUUGGUUGCUUGCUGAACUUUAUUGCCCAGCAGAUAUCCACGCAGUGCCUGCCGCGCGACAAGCAGCUGCUUGAGCGUGUGCUCAGCUACCUGGCGCAGGAGAACAUUGCCAAUGAGAGUGCGCGUCAGCAUUCGGAGCGGGAGAGCGCCUGGCAUGAGCUUCUAUCGAGCAAUUGCCUGGAAGACAUCAGCAGCGAUGAGGAGCAAUUAGAGCUGGCGCAACGUGCGCGCUGCUACUAUGUCGUAGAGUAUCUGCUGGAGAAGCUGCACCGCUACGACAACAUACUCGAGUGCCUCAUACACAACCAGGCGCGUCAUGAGACCAUGUUUGCCUACAUGGAGCGUCAUGUGAGCGUGAGCGAGCGUUGCAUAUAUCAGCAGCUACGUCGCCACCUUGGAAAGCUGCUGGAGAUUAAUGCGGCGGAGACAACGCGUCUGAUUGCCUUGCACUAUCCGGACAAGAUUAGUGAGCUGCUGGAGCUGCUUAGUGGACAGCAGCUGCUGCUGUUUCGUCUGCUGCAGUGCCUUAAUGACAGACAUUGCGACUUGCAGCCGGCGUUAAUGGAGCUUCUCCUCGAACUCUAUUGUAAUUUGGAAGGGGCCGAUGCAGUGCUGGAAUUUCUGCGCACCAGCUCAGGCUACCGUCUGGACAAAGCCAUUGACAUUGUGGAACGGCAUCAGCUUAAGCGCGCUGUUAUCUACCUGUACGAGCAGCAGGAGAGCUAUGCGAAAGCCUUUGAUCUGUCCAUGGAGCUGCUGCGUGAUGCCACUGUAGAUACAGCUGCAAAGGAAGCUAAGGAAAUUGCAGAACUCUUGGGGCGCUCGGCCCAGACACUGCCAGAGAAGCAGCUGGAGCGCUGCUGGUUUACGCUACUGCAGUAUAUACUGCCGCAGCAGGAUCUGCAGUCCAUAACCAAGUCUAUGCUGCACGAGGCCUCGCAGCACAUUGAUCUGCACAAUCUGGUGCAGCUUAUCAUGAACACACACAAUGUGUCCAGCAGCUUUGGCGACAUCAAGGAUCUGCUGAUGAGCAUGCUGAUUAGUUCGCGCCAAGAGACGGAGGCGCUGCGCUCUGCCGCCGAUACACUGUGCCAGAAUCUGCACACUGAUUUGGCCGAGCAGCGUCGAGUUGCUCGUCGCGGCCUCUGGGUAACGAGCAUGCGUUGCCUCAUCUGCCGGCAGCGUUUGUAUGAUCAGACGCCAGUGCUUGUGUUGGGUCCAUGUGGACAUGCGCUGCACGAGCACUGUCGGAACGAAACAACAGAACUGCAACAAUGUCCUCGCUGUGCUGUAGCGGUACCUGUUGGGCAGUUGUCGACAAUACGCUUGCCAUGUCCCAGUCAGCAUUUGUUUGGCAGCUCCAACACCAUGGAGCUCGGCUCGCUGCAGCUUAAGGCGCCGCCCAGACGUUUCUGCUAGGCAAACCAUUAUAUGCAUGUAUGUAUAUUUUUUUAUAUAUUUAUGUAUAUCCCAUAUAAAUAGCCAUUCUUUGUAUUUAUCGUAA